UUAAUUACAUCCGGUGACGAGCAGUUCGUUAUUUCACAGCUGAUUUUUUGAGUUGGUCCAUAACUAUGCUGAUACGUCCCCUUUUCAGUAAAGUAUCACAUUUUAAAGUACCUUUCUAAUGUUACAAUAUGGGCCAAACAGCAUCGAACGUAACGAAAGCAUUAGGACAGCCACUGUCGUGGUUGAAAGGUUCGAACAGAUACAGUGGCAGUGCUGAUGGAGAGCAAGCAGGCAAUUCGGUAAUUCCCCGCGGAGCAGCAAUUUUUGUACACAAAAGACGAGGGUCGAUGUACUUUGAUGAAGAUGGUGACUUGGCUCACGAGUUCUAUUGUGAAGUCACGGACAGGAAGACCAAUAAAAUUGUGAUGAGACGCUGUAUCGACAAUCUGGUGCCGCAGGGUGAGGUGGAGUACCCAUAUCCCAGAUUGCAUGGAGAUCUGCCCGUUAUUAUGUUUGACACAAGCUCCGUACAGCUCUAUUCCUAAUGCCGCCAGUUAGAUAGUCCAUGAUUGACAGGGAAACGUGGCUGAAUUCGAUUGCGAGACACUCAGAGUGGGAGUUUCAUAACAGAAUUUUCUGGGAUUUCUCUUUGAGAAAUUGACUUGAGAGUUUUGAAUAUUGCUUCAGCAGAACGCUGCUUUUGAUUAAACGGACUGUCUGGAUUGUCGAUGAUUAUCUGUGUGAAGUACAUCUACGUGGUGAAUGUCUGUGGAAAAGAGUGAGACUGCUCCAAGUUCAACCUCAUGGAACUUGCUGAAAUAUUUCUCUAAUGAAUUUGCUGGAAUGUCUCAUCCAGGGACCCAAUGGAGAAACUUUCACAAACACUUUGAGAAAACGGUUUCAUCCAAGAACUUGUGACUUUGAGCUGUGAUUAUGGAUGCAGAGUGUGAUUUUUAAAAACAUUUAUAUUGAUGUUAUGGGUUCAAUUCAAAGGUAUGGAUCUGUGGCAUGUGAAUUGUUUUGUGUGUGUGUGAUCGAGUAUGAUGGUUUUUCAAGAAAACACAAAUGUAUUGUUUUUAAGUUAAGAUUCUAAAAUUCUGAAGUAAAUGUUUGUGAGCAAGUAUGAGUGUGGGUGAUACAUGUUUUUGACAAUGCUGUCAAUUUCCAGUGUUAAACAUAAAUAUGUUUGUACAUCAUGUGAUUGUUGAUGCAGAAGGUGAUUGAUAGUGUGGUGUCUGUUUUUAGAAAAAAGCUUUGGUUCUGUUCUUGUUGAAGUUGAGAUCUGUGUGUGUGUGUGUGUUUGUUUGUAUUGUAAAUGUUUAAGCUGAGCGUGACUUUUUUAUUUUACCGUAUAUGUUCUGCAAAAGCUUGGAGUCAAGAGUAUUUAGUCUUUCAUGACAUUAAAGAAUGAAUGUGUUUUGUAUCAGAACUGAGCUUUGAAAGUGGAAUUGUACAUAUAUCUUUUUUUUUCGUUUUUAUUUCCCAGCAAAAAUGGUUUUGAAUCAUUGCAAGCAAGGCAGUCUAUUUCCAGUUUCAUAUGUUGGUACUAAAAUCAAGUAUGCUGUGUCUGAAAUGAAAUUUUAUGUUUGAUGAAUUUACUAGUAUCACAACUAGUAAUCUGUUCAGUUCCUUAUGAGUGAAGAUUUUACUUUUGUUAAGAAUUAAAAAUUCCAGCUCAAAAUCUGAGAAAAAAUUCCAGCUCAGAAUCUGAGAAUGGGAUUUGACAAUACUCUAGAUAUCAUUCUCAAUCUGGUGUAAUGGCAGUUUCUCUGUUAUUUUUAUUAUCCCUCAGCUUCUCGUAAUUUUUAUGAUGCCCACCAAAUUAGUUGAUGCAGUUACUGAGUUACAUAUAUUAUAACAUAUAAAUACAGUGUGAUAUUACUUUUGCGGUCAGUCAUCGACUCAUCUUUAGCAUUGACUGCUGGAGUGACUUGUAUUUUGUUAAGAGACUUGCAGUGAGGUGGCACGCAGCUUUGUUUCUGAGAAAUAAGGAAACAAGUCAACUGAACCUUUACACAUAUAUGUUAUGAGUCAGAAUGUGGCUUAAACCACUGAACAUAUAUAUUACUUUUAAGAUGUAUCAUCCCAAAAAGACAGGUUGCAGUGUUGGUCUCAUAUUUUUCGUUACAGUGAAUUAACUUUUCACAUUAAUUAAUCCCUUUUUUUUGUUUCUGAUAAAAAGACAAAGUGGGCAAAAUGCCAAAAAGAUUAUUUUCUUAUUAGUGAGAGUUUUCGGUGUUCUCUUCAAUAAUGUACAUUUUGUUUUAGGCUGUCAUAUAGGUUUUUUGUGUUUUCCAUAACAUUCUUAGGAGGAAUCCUCACUUGUGUGUUUUAUAUGCAAGGUGUCAAGGCAUUCACUUUUUAUUGCUUCUCUCUAUACAUGUUCAGCCUGUAGAAGUAUACAAUUUCUAGUCUUAAGAUUCAGAUUAUUUUCAUUAUUGAGAAUUCUCCCUCUCUCGAUAUUCGCCAUAUGUCUUGAUUGGAUCACUUUUCAUUGGAAAAUUAUUUACUCUUGCCUUUUGGAUGAUUUGCAAACAUUUUCACACAUUGUCCAUUUGAAUCAAGAGGUGUGGUUUCCAUGGCUGAGACCUUUCAACGUGUGGCCGUCAACAUUUAAGGUUUCAAAUUAGAUCUUAAUUUAGCAGGUUGUCAAAAGGUGCCACUGUUAGGCUAUAUCUUUACUCUCACUCUGUUGUUUCUGUGUAUCUUGCCUUGAUCUUUCCCAGAUCUACAUGACUACAACCAUGUCCAUGUGCCUCUUUUGAACAUGUACUGACCUUGACCGUUGGCCUGACCAGAUCAAUAAAAUCAAAUGGGCUCCUCUCUCUAAGGGAGUCUUUUGGUGGGGACUUUCAUGUGUCCAGAAACCUUUUUCUUUUCGUUUCACUAUUGAAUGAAUGUCUUUUAUGAGUUGACGUCUUGUAUCUGCAUGGUUGUAUAUUGUGAAAAAUCUGUUUACUUUGGUCAUUCCUAGUCAAGUGUAGGAGGAGCCAGUAAUGAGUCUGUUUACUUAUUUACCCAGACUGAGUGUUUUCAGCGUAUCUCGAUAUUUUCCAAAUAGUUGUUUUGUCUUUCAUAUUUUAGCGUUUUCUCCUAGACCUGGCCUUUCCUAAAAAUUGGCCAUGGAAUCUAGUAGUGAGGCACUGAAUAAGUAGACAGUCCCUGCUGUUUGGUUCUGCAUAUAAAGAUUCAUUAAAAAAUAUUUCUUUGACUG